AUGAAGUUGACGGUAUUGUCAUUGGUGAUAUACACAACCAUUAUCGCAAUUUUGAUCAAUGGAUACAAUUGCAAAAUAGUGCAGUUUAUCUUCGGGGAUUCUCUUUCAGAUGUUGGGAACAAUAAUAAAUUGUCGAAAAGUCUUGCUCGGGCAAGCCUCCCUUGGUAUGGUAUCGACUUUGGCAAUGGGAUGCCUAAUGGGAGGUUCACCAAUGGUCGCACAGUUGCUGAUAUAAUAGGGGAUAAGAUGGGACUUCCAAGGCCUCCAGCUUUUCUUGAUCCAUCUGCAAAUGAAGAAGUCAUACUCGAAAAUGGAGUAAAUUAUGCCUCUGGGGGCGGAGGGAUUUUGAACGAAACGGGUAGUUACUUUGUCCAGAGGUUUUGCUUGUAUAAGCAAAUAGAGUUAUUUCAAGGAACGCAAUAUUUAAUAAGGGCAAAAAUUGGCAACAAAGAAGCUGGCAAAUUCUUCCAGGAGGCUCGAUAUGUGGUGGCUCUAGGAAGCAACGAUUUCAUAAACAACUACUUGAUGCCUGUUUACAGUGAUUCUUGGAAUUAUUCUGAUGAGACUUUCCUUAAGUAUUUAAUGCAAACACUUCGUGAGCAACUAACACUUUUGCAUAGCUUAGGGGCACGAAAGUUGAUGGUAUUUGGACUAGGGCCAAUGGGUUGCAUCCCUCUCCAAAGAGUUCUAAGUUCAUCUGGUGGGUGUCAAGAGAAGACAAAUAAACUUGCCCAAAUGUUCAAUACACAAACAAGCAAACUUGUGAUUGAAUUAUCAACCAGUCUCCCAAAUGCAGAAUAUAAGUUUGGAGAUGCUUAUGAUGUCGUCAAUGAUGUCAUUACCAAUCCAAAUGACUAUGGAUUUAGUAACUCAGAUUCUCCGUGCUGCUCAUUUGGAAAGAUACGACCGGCUCUAACGUGUAUCCCAGCAUCGACCCUUUGCAAAGACAGAAGCAAGUAUGUAUUCUGGGAUGAGUACCACCCAAGUGAUGCGGCUAAUGAAUUAAUUGCAAAUGAAAUGAUCAAAAAGCUUGGAUUUAAGACUAUUAAUCAGACGGAUAAUGCAGCUCCUUUCCCUGCACCUGCUGUGGCUCCAUUAUCUGAAGGGAAUUAA